AUGGCGGAGGCGCGGGGGCUGCGGCGCGGUGGCGUGAAGCACGAGCUGCUGGAGAAGGUGGCGCGCCUGCGGCGGGGCGUGGAGCCCGAGGUGGCGGCGCGCAGAGCGGCGGGCGACAGCGGCUCAGGCUUGGGCUUCUGGUGCUGGCAGCGGCUGUUCGCGCGUGGCGCCCGGGGGGCGCGCCGGAGGAAGAGCAAGUUCCCACGGCCUGGCGCGGCCGCCCCGGAGCGCGGCGUGUGGGGACCUCUCGGCCUGCAGAGGCUGCUGCAGAGGCUGGCGAAGUGGCGGCGCCGCUACCUGCGGCGAGGGGAGCGGCCCGAGGGCCUGGAGGAGAUCCCGCUGCUCGUGCUGGACCGCACGGACUAG